AGCCAGUUACAAAUCCUUGACACAAGAGGUGUCUAGUGGUGAGGUGUUAACAGCUGGGAGGAACCUGGCGGGCUUCAGUCGGUCGCCGGGCACAGUAGUUGGAGGACGUAAGACAUCAACGCUCUCGCAGAUCAGUCAUCAUGCGCCUGGCAGUGGUGUUAGUUGUGUUGCAGGUGCAGUGGUCGCUAGGUGACAGCGUGGGCGGCGGGAGAAGUGGAGUCGGGCGAGCAUUGGCUGGGCCCGGGCCGGGUAUGAUGAUGCCACAGCUGACUAGUCUGGACGUGAAGUGUGCUCGCUCUGGCAUGACAGUUCACAUGGAAUUUGAUCGAGUCUUCUCCGGUGUGAUCUAUUCCAAGGGCCACUUCUACGACCCCGCCUGCAACUACAUCACCGUCGACAACUCCGGCAGUCAGAAAUAUUCGUUCAAUGUUCCCAUAGAUAACUGUGGAACAUCAGGACAGCUGGACAUGGCUACACCAGACCGGGACAUGUAUUUUGAGAACACCAUCAUCAUCCAGAAUGACGCUCUCAUCCAGGAGGUGUGGGACACUGCCCGGGCGAUCCGCUGCACCUGGCAGCACACCAUUCAGAAAAGUGUUGGCUUUACCCCAUUCAAGGUGUAUGAGCCUCUUAAAGUACCCGUAGAACUGGAUGCCCGGUCAGUAAAUACCUUGAUGGAAAUUCAGCGUGGAUCAGGACCUUUUUCUAGUCCAGCUACGGGCUAUGUUUAUAUGGGCGACGACACCUCCGUUGUUAUUUACGUCCAAGAUCCUUCCCACAAGAUGGAUGCAAAUGUGAUCUCCUGCAAUGCAAGUUCUGCGGGAGGGGCGAUGGUGGAACUGCUCGACUCUCGUGGAUGUGUAAAGAGACCCGAUCUUUUGACACAGUUUGCCAAGACGAGAGAGACCAAUGGUGUGGACGCAGAUCUGAUGUUAUACUCUUACCUCAAGGCAUUCCGCAUUGGAGAGAGUCCUGAAUUUCUUAUCUCGUGUCACCUGGAAGUGUGUGAAGGAGAAUGCACUGAACCUUGUAGUGGUGGACCUUAUCCUUCGAGGAAGAAGCGUCAGGCGCCUUCAUCAGCGCUACCAUCGGCAGUUGUAGAACUCCAGCGGGGCGUGGUUGUGGUCUCUCGGGAACAGCUUGCUGGUGUUGAAACUUGUUGGGUGAACUCUACCAUGCUUGUGGGCAUCACUGGACUCCUCUGUGUGGUGUUCGCUCUGUCAUCACUCUCAUGUUUUCUAGUACAUAAGCUCAAUAUCCUACGUAAUCAGUUACAAGGCAAACCCACAUUUUGAUAAUGGAAUAUCAGACAGGUUGGUCCUCAGUUGAUUUGACAGUUAUGAUUUGUAAUUUUUGGGCUGGUUCCAUGGUACAUUUGUCUCUUUUACAGUUUGGGCUGGUUCCCUUUGCAGUUCUUUUGGAUGUUGGAUGACAGUCACCAAGAUGUCUGUGGUUCUAACUCCCAUUACUUAGGCUUACCUUUAGAGCUUGGGGCAACUUAGUGCUAAAAUAUUGUCAUCAUUCGACAUCAUAAAGUGUUAGUGCAUUGGCUUGUAUUGAUGGUAAAAACAAACACAGUACCAUAAUUAUUUGUAUCACUACACUGACUUUCUUUAUUAUUGUAAAAGCACUAUCUUUUCCUGAGCUCUGAGUUGCCAUAAAGGGAACUGUAUUUCUGUAGUAGUAUAACUUCAACUGAAAUAAAAUGUUUUGAUAUAA